CCCAUCAUGCAUCCUUCUCUGCUCUCGCAUCCAAAACACUGAAAUGGACCGUUUCAGGAAAUAACAAGUCUCAGUAUCUGAGCAGAGCCGAGCAGAGACGGAGAUUAAAGAAGAGAAGAAAGGAGUCAUGGAGGGUGCAUUGGCUGUUAAAACAGUGAUGGUAGUGGUGGUUGUAGCCCUCUGCGGAGCAGUGCCCACCACUUCACCCAGCCAAGAAGAGCUCUCUAAAGCCCAGGACUAUCUGUCUCAGUUUUUCUCCGAAGUGGGCGUCAGUGCACCCAACACUGUCUGGCGCAGCUCUCUAGACUCCUUUGAAGAAACUCUGAGAAAAAUGCAGGACUUCUACGACCUGGAGGUGACAGGACAGUUAGACACCAACACUAUGGACGUGAUGAAUCGCCCCCGCUGUGGCUUCACAGACGUCAGCCAAUAUGCCCACUUCGACAGUCGACCAAAGUGGGAGAAGACUGUGGUCACAUACAGGAUAAUUAACUACACACCGGACCUGAGUCAAGGCGAUGUGGAUGCCACCAUAGCCAAGGCUCUACAACUCUACAGCGACGUCAUUCCUCUGGAUUUCAAGCAGAUUUACAGCGGCACCGCUGACAUCAUGAUCGUUUUCAAGAGACGAGACCAUGGAGACUUUGCUCCAUUUGACGGGCAAAGUGGGGUGUUGGCCCAUGCAUUCUCCCCUGGAGAAGGUCAUGGAGGUGACACCCACUUUGAUGAAGAUGAAACCUGGACUCUGACCUCAGGAGGAGCCAACCUGUUCUUGGUAGCAGCCCAUGAGUUUGGCCAUGCACUUGGACUGGCCCACUCUCAGGUCCGGACAGCACUGAUGUAUCCCACCUACAAUUAUGUGAACACAGAGGGGUACAAGCUGCCAGAUGACGACAUACAGGGAGUACAAGCUAUCUACGGAAUCAGAGAAACAUCAGUUCAACCAGCGGCUGAACCUACUGUAAAACCUUUGCCGAGACCACAACCUAGACCCGAGCCAGAUCCUGAACCCAUACCAGACCGGUGCAGCAGGGACAUGAUUUUUGAUGCUGCAACCUCCAUCCACAGAAACCUUUACUUCUUUAAAGAUGGACAUUUCUGGAAGAGGAGCAGCUCCUGGGAUGGCAUCACUAUGAAGAGUAUUCAGUCUGCCUGGCCUGGAAUCAGUCAAGUUGAUGCUGCUUAUGAGUUUAAAAAGACUGUCAUUUUCUUUGAAGGGGAUCAUUACUGGGGGAUCAGGGGAAACACUGUCCUACCUGGUUAUCCCAAACCUCUCAGUGAAUUAGGCUUCCCUCUCCACAUCACCAAAGUCGAUGCUGCCGUCCAUGUGAUGUUUACAGGCAGAACCCUCUUCUUUGUGCAGAACAAAUACUGGAGCUACAAUGAAAGGAGGCGCAGAAUGGAUCGGGGAUACCCAAAACUCAUCAAGACAGAGCUCCCUGGGAUUGGCAAUCGAGUGGAUGCUGUUUUUGAGAACAGAGGUUCCCUGUACUUUUCAAGUGGAUCCAGACAGACAGAGUACCACUACCAACGAAGAAGAGUGAUCCGCACCUUAUUAAACAACGCAUGGAUGGAUUGUGACUAAAACAACAAAAAUCCUUCCACAUAAACACACAAACACACAUGGAAACGGAAACGAUUCUACAAAUCAGUUUUCUUAAGAUCUUGAUUUCUUAGACAAUGGAUCAAUAGAUACCUUUUUUUAUAUUUUGGAUGUGGGUCCCUACCUUUUAAUAGAAUAGUGAUUUAGAACAGAAUAAAAAAAAAUGUAAGUGUUGAUUGUGAAAUGAAAUAUAAAUGUUCUUACAUUAAUAGAAUAACAGAGCUCAACAGGCUGCUGCAGCGGUGGUGGCAGUUUUUGUAAUAAAACACACACACACACACACACACACACACACACACACACACACACACACACACAGCGCUAGCGUGCAACAAAGCAACGGCCUUUCCCUUAACUCAUCGUGAGUUAUUGUAGCUUUCAACAACAAAUGCAUAAAGUAUGAUAAUCAUUGUUAUUUUUUUCUCGGACAUUCAUCCAUUUACUCAUCUAAACAUUUACUGUAAUCAAGUUUUAAAUGUGAACAAUAAAGAAUGACUUCAAA